CGCCGCGGCCGCCGGGGCUCAGCCCCGGAUCCUCCCCCGGCCCCGCCCGGCCCCGCCGCUCGGCUGCGCCAUGGCCCCGCUGCCCCUGCUCCGCGCCGCGCUGCCGCUGCCGCUGCUGCUGCCGCUGCUGCUGCCGCCCGCCGCCGCCCCGGGACCGCCGGCAGAUUGUCAGCAGUAUACGAACAGGAGCUGUGAGGAGUGUCUGAAAAAUGUCACCUGCCUGUGGUGUGCCAGCAGUGGGAAAUGCAUGGAGUACCCUGUCCGAAGAAUCCUGCCACCAGCCGACCUCUGCGAGCUCCGCUCUGCACGCUGGGGAGUCUGCUGGGUGAACUUUGAAGCCCUGAUCAUUGCAAUGUCUGUGGUGGGAGGAACAAUCCUUAUCCUGCUUGGAGUCUGCUGCUGCUGCUGCUGCAAGAAAAAGAGCAAAAAGCCAGACAAGGAUGAUGAGAGAGCAGCCAGGGAGCGGGAGAAGAGGCGGGUGCGGCAGGAGGAGAGGAGAGCAGAGAUGAAAUCACGGCAUGAUGAAAUCCGAAGAAAAUAUGGCCUGUUCAAGGAAGAGAACCCUUAUGCAAAGUUUGAGAAUUAGCACCUCCGGACCUGCCCCCACCCCAGUGCACAGUGCCUUCCUGCAGAGCCGCAGGACUCCACGCUUCCCCCACCACAAGGAGACCACCGCGGUGCCACUGUCCCCUUCACCUGCCACAGCACGUGAGCCAAAUGCUUGGUGACACCAUUGUCCCCACGGCAGAGCUUUGCUCUUGCUCUGCUGGUGCAGGAAGACGUGGUGGCAAUACCGGAGGAUGUCAGGUUUCUUCUCACUCCCCUGGGGUGGUAACGGAGUCCAAAGCAAUGCAAAUAAGUCCUUGUCCCUGGCCAAGGAUAAAAGCACCCCUAUGCAUAUUUCUUGUUGCUGCCUCACCAAACACCCUUCACGCACACAAAGCCAGGCUUUUCUGUGCACCCCCUUUCUUCUUCUCUUUUUUUUUUCUUUUAGUGUAGGCAAAAGCCAGCGAGCGUUUGUGGACUCGCUGGGCAGCACGAGGCCUUGGCUCUUACUCCAGGUGCCUGCACGCGUCCCAGCACAUUAGCAUUCCUUUCAAAAAGCACAAGUUUCUGGUUCUCUCCGGCCUCCAAGAGGAAGGCCCCACGUGCACAUUCUCGCUUGCAACUAAUGUGGGGAAGUGCCCCAACUCUCGUACCUCUCUGUGCCUUCCCAGAAGCGUGGUCUCCUGGCUUGAUGGCCACGGCUGAUAGCAAUACUCUAGGGUUCUGAUGCCUUUACAAUAGGUUGACUCUACAUUAAACUGAUUUGAUUACUA